AUGGUCUAUGCCAACAAGCCAGCGACGAUUGAUGAACUUCGUACGAAUAUCGAACGUAAAAUUGCAGCAUUUGAUGCUCCAAUUCAAAGACUGAUGUCUUUGAGAGCCACAAGAAGAGAGUACUUUAAGCCAAAUGCUCUGAAUUUUGUUAUGCAUGUUGCGUUAGUUUUCCUGCCUUUUGCGCUUCUCGCUGCGGGAGUGAAAAAAGAAAGGGGAAUUAGAGAACAUCAAUACCGGACCGGUCAAGUUGCAUACAAAGACAGGUACAAUAAAUUCGCAUAAAUAAAAAAAAAUAUGUUGUAGAAAAGUUAUGCUCAUCGUAUGUCGAAAUAUAUCAUAAAUAAACACUUUACAAACCAGC